AUGGGACAGGCUUUGACGCCAUCAUCAUAUAUUUCUGCUGCUGAUCAGACACGGCUAAGGUCAGUGUUUGAAGCAGCAGCACCGUACUCAGAUGUAGAGGUUGCCCACUACUCCAUCAUGGGGCUGACGUUGCUGGGGGUAGUCAUCCCUAACUCUAAGGAUGUAUGCAACUAUCUUCAAGUCAACUUGGACCAGAGUAGCGUAGAAAGUUUGUUCUUCGCCUCUUCAGCUGCCAAAAAUUUAGGAGGAUGCCAGCUGACAGCUAACACUGCCAAGGAGACAAUUGCGGAGAGUCUGAAGACAGACCAGCCAGUGGUGAAUAUUUACUAUGCUAUUUUAGCAGCAAAAAAUCUGGGUGUGACAGUGGACUCUGCCAAAGCCAGCCAGACCCUGCUGGAGGUACUGAAAAAAGAUGACAGCCCUCUCAGUCUGGGGUAUGCCUUCUUAGCAGCUACUCAACUCAGUGGAGAUGUCAGCAAAUUCUUUGAUAGAAUAGAGGAUGUGGUCGCACAAGCCGACGAGGUCGAUGAUAAAUAUUUACAGUUCGAAGGAGGACUGUUUACAACAUCAGUUGUAAUUGACUCAGCAUAUAAACUGGCCACAAAGGUGAACAAGGCCCCAACUAUAGAUGAGGAGAAGAUUAUAAAAUUUACCAACUAUUUCCUGAGCCGGAAGUCGGUACAGCAGCUGAAGACGGCGGCACACCUGCUCUCAGCUGUCAAGACACUCACAGAUAAUAAGACAGAUUUCAUUGGGCAUCAUUGA